AUGAAUACUCCUAUGUGUGCAUCGUUGGGAGUUAGGAAAGGUUCAUGGACUGAACAAGAAGAUUCUCUUUUAAGAGAUUGCAUUCAAAAAUAUGGUGAAGGAAAGUGGCAUCUUGUUCCUGCUAGAGCUGGUUUAAAUCGAUGUCGAAAGAGUUGCAGACUAAGGUGGCUAAACUAUCUAAGGCCACAUAUCAAGAGAGGUGACUUUGCUCCAGAUGAAGUGGAUCUCAUCUUGAGACUUCACAAACUCUUAGGCAAUAGGUGGUCACUUAUUGCUGGUAGACUUCCAGGAAGGACAGCAAACGAUGUGAAGAACUAUUGGAAUACACACUUUCACAAGAAGUUAAGUAUUAUUGCUCCUCAUCUACAUCCUCAUUCUCGUCCUCGUUCUCAUCCUCGUCUACAGAUUAAGCAUAAGAGCAUCGCGGUUACUAAGAAUGAAAUAAUAAGACCUCAACCUCGGAACUUCUCAAACGUUAAGAAGAAUGAUUCUCAUUGGUGCAACAACAAAAGUAUGAUCACAAACACAUUAGACAAAGAUGACAAACGUUGCAACGAAAUCGUUGUAAAUAUUUGUGAGAAGCCAAUAGGAGAAAAUACAUCGUCGAUAGACGAUGGAGUUGAAUGGUGGACAAAUUUACUGGAAAAUUGCAUUGAAAUUGAAGAAGAAACAGCUAAUACAAAUUUUGGAAAAACACCAACAAUGUUGUUACAUGAGGAAAUAUCACCACCGUUAGUUAAUGGUGAAGACAACUCCAUGCAACAAGGACCAACUAAUAAUUGGGAUGACUUUUCAACUGAUAUUGACUUAUGGAAUCUACUUAAUUAAAGAAUUUUUAUUUUUGUCGACGUUUGAUAUUUAUAUUAGAGUCCAACUGAAUUUAAA